AUGCCGAAUGUACUAAAACGUCCUGGCGGUACACUUCAUAAAGAACAAGAUCAAAAAACAACAAAAAUAAAGGCAGCAACAGAUAACGAUAUUUACUUCGCCGUGAUCCCUUCUCCGGAAUCAAUAGACCAAACGGCUCGAUUUUUUUCAGUAGACUUAAUAAGCUUACCUGGUAAUAGAGUACGUCAACGAAGGAUGAAAAAAAGUCAUUCAUAUCGCGAAAAUAUUAAAGAACAAACUGACUUGAAAAAAAUAAAAUUAAAAACGGCUCACUGA